CGAAACGCUCAAUUUGCAAAGCCUUUAUUCCUCUGCUCGCGUCUAGGGUUCUUCGUGUUUGCGAAACAAUGGCUGAUUCCCCUCGCAAAAGGUAUUCACUGUCUCCAUCCCCUUAUAGAGAACAAUCCCGAUCCAGAUCUAGAUCCAGAUCCAGAUCCUGGUCAAAACCCAGGGGAAGGUCGCGCUCUAGAUCAAGGUCCAGAAGCCGUGGCAGGCCUGAGGUUAUUAAUCCUGGGAAUACACUAUAUGUGACUGGCCUAUCUACAAGGGUUACUGAAAGAGAUCUUCAAGAUCACUUCUCCAGGGAGGGAAAGGUAGCUUCAUGUUUUCUGGUUGUGGAGCCUCGUACGCGCAUCUCUCGUGGUUUUGCUUUUGUUACGAUGGACAAUGUUGAUGAUGCAAAUCGUUGUGUUAAACAUCUCAAUCAGUCUGUUCUAGAAGGCCGAUACAUAACAGUGGAGAAGUCCCGGAGGAAACGCCCGAGGACUCCCACACCUGGUCACUAUCUUGGGCUGAAAAGCACUAGGGACCAUGGUUAUCGCGGUGACCGUGGUGACCGUGGUAGAUAUCGUGGAGGUUAUGGCCGUGAAGAUUAUGGGUACCGCAGGUCUCCUAGGCGUUCACCUUAUCGGGGUAGUCGUGAUUACUCUCCCAGGCGUUCCCCUUAUGGUGGGAGAUCAAGAAGGGACCGGUCAAGGUCACUUCCAUAUUCUCCUUAUGGUAGUCCAGAGAGGAGCUAUGCUCAUCGUUCUAGGUAAGGCUCUGUUUAAGUGGGAUGUAGACAAUAUGUGAAGUUCUGUUUAGGUAAUAUGAUGAUCUUUGGUUUGGACUAGACAUUAUUGAGUGGUGUCAUCUUGUUUACGGUAAGACACUUGUGUAGGCUGUCCAUCCUGUUAAAUGUAAUGUGUGCUGCACGUUAUGUUUUGCAGUUGCUUACGAACAAAGAAUUAUUGGUUUGAGUGGAUUGGCUUUUUUAUAUUUUGUAGUUGGUGUGAGACUCCCAUCUGACUGAACCUUAUUCAAUUACAUAUCUAUUUAUUGUUGCUACA